GAACAACGACAAUGGAAGACCAAGAGAGACAGAAGAAACUGGAGGCCGGUAAAGCAAAGCUUGCUGAAUACCGACAGAGGAAAGCAGAUGGACAGAAGAAAAGCAAGAAGAAGAGGAGAACGGCGGAGGCCCAGGGCACAGGCACAGGCACGCGGGACGAGGAGGAGCGCGACCAACCGUCGGGCCAGGAGAGGACACGGAGCGGAGCCGACUCCCCUGCCACUGAGUUCACCAUCAGCAGGAAGCUGCGCAGUGGAGAAACGGUCAAGCAUGACCAGACCUUCACCAUAGAGCCUGAAAGUGAGGUGUCCACUACAGCAGAAGACUGUACAUCUGAGGAGGAGGACCUGGGUGUCCCCGGGCCUGGCUCCAAUGGGGACGAAGCCGCGGGCUGGCGAGCCCGGCUGCGGACGAUGGAGGACGAGCUGGCGGCGAGGCAGCGGGCGACGGAGGAGGUGACCAAGGAGCUGGAGGAGCUCAGGGCCGCCUUCGGCGCAGAGCUGCAGAACUUUGAGGCGGCCAUAAACCAGCGCGACGGCAUCAUCACACAGCUCACCACCAACCUGCAGCAGGCUCGCAAGGAGAAGGACGACAUCAUGAGGGAGUUCCAGGAAAUGACGGAUCGAAGUCAGAAACUGCAGAUCCAGUUCCAGCAGCUGCAAGCGGGUGAGAACCUGCGGAACAGCAGCCACAGCAGUACCGCGGCGGACCUCCUCCAGGCCCGGGUGCAGAUCACCAGCAUCCAGCAGCAGGUCGAGCAGAGGGAGACCCAGGUGAAGGUCUGCUCGGAGAAGAUGGAGGAGCUGCAGCUGCAAAUCGGUCAGCUUCAGGAUAGACUCGGCCAAUCUGAAACGUUGGGAAGAACGCAAGAAGAACAUUUUUUGCAAACGUUAAACGAAAAGGAUACACUGAUCGCAGAACAGAAGAGGAUUAUAGCUGACCGCGAAAGCUUGCUGACAACGGUGAAGAACGAUCUGGAGGAGUCGCAGAAGUCCCUGAACGACCUCAGAGUGCAGGCAGCCGAGAGAAGCCGAGAGCUGGAGAGCUGUCAGGGUGAGUUGUCCAGCUCGAAGCAGAGGGAGCGCAUGUCGUCCAGCGAAAUACGGCAGCUGAUGGCCACCGUGGAGGACCUGCAGAAACGCAGCCACAAAGACGGCCGGUCGGAAAGCGACGUGGCACAGAAGUUCGAGGCGGACGCGGAGAGGAAGAUGGAUCAGCUGAGAGCCGAGCUGGACGAGAUGUACGGGCAGCAGAUCGUCCAGAUGAAGCAGGAGAUGCAGACGCAGCACUCGACGGAGGUGCGCAGGCUGAGGGAGCGGGACAGGCUGGAGCUGGAGGCGCUGCGGGCUCAGUGCUCGGCGAACGCGGAGCAGAUGGACGCGCUGAGCCUGAGGAUCGCCGAGCUCCAGCGGGACGCGGAAGCGGCGGAGGCGCUGCAGGAGAAGGCGCGGCGCGAGCUGUCGUGCGCGUCCGAGGAGAAGCUGAAGCUGCUGGGCCGGAUCGAGGACCUGAGGCAUGAGCUCCGCUCUGUCAGGAAGGCGGAACGGGUCUCCCAGACCGGGACCGGCCAGGAGGGGAAGAACGGGGAGGUCCAGAGGCUACAGGCCACCAUCGGUCACCUGGAGGCCCAGCUGGCGGCCGUUCAGGAGGCCAACAGGGACCUGGAGUCCAAGCACGAGUCGGAAGUCACCAACUACAAGAUCAAGCUGGAGAUGCUGGAGCGGGAAAAGGACGCGGUGCUGGGCAGGAUGGCGGAGUCCCAGGAGGCCGAGCUGGAGCGGCUGAGGACGCAGAUGCUCUUCAGCCACGAGGAGGAGCUCGCCAAACUGAGGGAGGACCUGCGGAAGGAGGGCGCGCUGCACCUGGAGAACCUCCGGGACGAGAUGGCCCUCAAGCAGGAGCGCGCCGUCCGUGACCUUCAGAAGGGUCUCCAGGAGCAGCUCCGGGCGACGAGGUGCGAGAAGGAGAGUUUGGCCGCCGAGAAGGUGGCGCUGUUGAAUAAAAUCAACGUGCUGGAGGAACGUCUGAAUCGGUCUUCGGAGAGCGCUAGCGCCAAGGAGCUAGCCGCGCGGCUGGAGGAACAUCAGGCAGAGAUGGAGGGGAUUAGACAAGAAGAAAAGGACAAGGGUGCGGAUUUAUUGAGAAAGACUGAAGUGGUCAUGAGGAUGGACGAGGAGAGACAGAAAGCUUGGAAGCCUCAGUCAGGAAACAUCAGUCUUAAAGAAAGCAGUGAAGCCGUCAAAGAAGAAAGAGAGAGAACGCUUGAACAAAACCAACGUUCAAGGACACAGGGGAAGGCCCUGGCUGUAGAAAAUGAGCAAUUGUACGAGCGACAGAUAGAGAAAGGUGAAAUUCAAAAACGGCACAGCACGUUCUCUUUCACUGAGAAAAACUUCGAGGCGGAUUAUGAGGAGCUGAAGGAAGAAUAUGCCUGCCUCCUUAAGGUGAAGGGAGAACUGGAAGCAGAGAUUCUCAGGGUGACAGCGGACUACGAGGUGAAACUGAGCGACCUGCAGUCGCAAAUUCGGAAGCUGCAGGAGUGCGAAGCUCAGCCCCGCGGUCUGCAGAGAGACAAUGGCGAGGCGGACAAAAUGGAGGAUUUCACCGACGGCAGUAAAUCAAUGGAAGAAAACGCAGGCGGGCUCACCGAGGCACUGCAGCGGGGCGAGAGCGGGCCGUCUCCGCGGCGAUCCGAGCCGCCGGCGCUGAGAGGCGACGAGGCAGAGCAGGCGACGGGGGACGCGCGGCGGGCCAGCGCGGAGAGAGACGGGCGGCGGGAUUCGCCAUGGGAACGCCGAGCGCGGGGCUGCCUGCGGUCCUGGCCCGCGGCGGCGGCUCCUGCUCUAGCCGGGAUCGUCACCGGCGGCGGAGCGAGCCGUCAGGGGCGGGGGCGGGGGAGGGGGCGCCCUCCCCCUCCCCCUCCCCCUCCCCGCCGAUCGUCGCCGGGGGAGACGGCGUCGCCCGGGCGCUCGAAGAGCGGCCGCCGCGCGAUCUGUCUGGCGAGGCUCGCGGGGGGAGGCGGUCCGCGGGGCCGUCCGUCUCGGGUCCGCGCGCGGGGGGGGGGCGCCCCGGCGGGAGAGGCUCCUCGCGGGGACCCCGGGCGGAGCGAAGCGGAUUCGGCCGCGGCGCAGCGGGAAGCCCAGGCUCAGAGGGAGGAGAGGCUGAGGAUGCUGCGUACGCCGCAGCGCGGGGAGAGGAGCGCGACGCCGCGGCAGGCUGCCGCUCUCGGACAGGAGGAGUUUCAGCUGCAGUUCGAGGCCCUGCGCAUCAGCCUCUCGCAGAUCUGCGCCGCACAGCUGGAGCUGCAGAAGGAGGGCCUCCAGGUGGAGCGGGAGGCCUGCCUGCGCAGGCAGGAGCAGCAGCUGCGCGAGGAGCACCUCCGGGAGCUGCAGGACCUGAGGGGGCCGCAUUCAGGUCCGGGGGAAGGUGCUCGGCCCCCAGAGGAGACGGCCAGCCUGGAGGCUCACUUCCAGGAGCAGCGGACCCGUCUGGAGGAGCGGCACAGCCGGGAGAUCGAGCGGCUGCGGGCUUCCCUCCAGCAGGAGGCCCGGCAUACCGAGGAGCGGCACGCGGCUGAGCUGGUCCUGCUGAAGCAGAGGCUGCUCGACCUCACCGCCUCUCCAGCCCUGCCCAGCUUUUCAAGAGAAUCACAGUUCACUGUACCCAACGAGGAGGAAAGUGAGGAAUAUAAGCACCGUGCGGAGCUGGAGAGACUCGCGGACGAGCACGGUGGGGGGGCGCAAGCAGUAGAGCCGGAGGCCUCCCCCGCUACCGGGCACCACCCCGGGGGCAUCAACGGAGGAGUGUGGUCCAUGGAAGGCCACGAGGCAGCACAGCUGAUCCAGACCCUGGAGAGACAGCACCAGGAGAGGGUGGAAGAGGAAAUCGCAAAGGUGAUAGUGCAGAUGUCCAUUGAGUUUGCACAACAGACCGAACAGGCGAGGAUCGCCAAGGAAGCGAGGGAGACCGCGACCACGACGCAGACCCGCCGUGAUGAGUUCGGGGGAGCGGACGAGCCGACGCCCGGGGUCGGGGGGCCCGGGGGGCCCGGGGGAGGGGCGGCGCAGACUGGGCGGGGCUUUGCGGCAGAACGAGACGGGCGGGAGGGCGAACUUGAGCGGCCUGCGGAGGUCCUUUCCCCGCGUCCGAACAAAGCCCCCCCGGGCGGCCAGGGCCUGUCCUGCGAAGGGAACGAGGGUGCCGGGCUCGUGCUUUCACCCAAGCCGCCGAGGGUAACCAGGCAACACGCUGAGUUACAGAAUGAAGAAGCGGACAAGAGGCCACGAGGGGGAGGAGUCAGCUCCCGAAGCCUGCCUCCAGACAUAAGCCAGUCAGACGUUUCUCCUGAUGUUAUUACGAAUGAAAGGAACCUGCUCCGCCGGGCCAACCGAAACCUGCGCCAGGUGUUGAGCGACGUUCUGAAGACCACGGCCGCCACCGAGGAAACCAUCGGCCACUACAUGGAGGGCCUCCUGGACGCCUCCGCAGGGAAGCAGCCUGCGCCGCGAGCUGGCGGGCAGAGGGCCUCAGCUGGUGCCUUUCAGGACUACAGCUCCCAUAAUGCCGGGGCUGGUGGAGGUGGAGAUGCGCUGCCUGGUGGUUGCCAUGGCAGCCAGGCCGAGGUGGGAGACGAUGACGCGAGCGCGUGGUCGGGGGGGACGGAGAGCGACGAGGGGCUGUCGAGCCUGCCGACGGGGGCGGAGCCUCGGCUCGAGAACGAGGAGUACCUCAUGAACAUCAGCUCCCGCCUCCAGGCCGCCGUGGAGAAACUCCUGGUGGCCAUCACUGAAACCACCAAUCAGCUGGAGCAUGCGCAGGUCACUCAGACGGAGCUGAUGCGGGAGUCGUUCAGGCACAACGAGGAGAUGGUCGAGCUCCUGAGGAGGCAGGAGGAGCUGCAGGAGAGCCUGAACGAGGAGGCCCAGGCUCGCCAGCGGCUCGCUCUGGAGCUCCACAGGGCAGAAGGUGUGAUCGAUGGGUACUCGGGGGAGAGGGCGGUGUUGGAGCGGAAGCUUGGCGAGAAGCAGGAGCUGCUGCUGCACCUGGAGCAGCAGCUGCAGGUGACCGGCAGCCGCCUGCAGGAGCUGGAGCAGGAGCGGCGGCAGGUGCACCGGGAGAAGGAGCUGCUGGCGCGGCAGCAGAGCGCCAUGAGAGACGGCACCGGGUCCCGCGAGCUGCGGCUAGUUGAAGCUGCAGUCGUUGCAGCACCUGAAGCAGACCUCCUGGAGGAGACCGAAAAGCUGAUGAAGGAGAAGGUCGAGGUGCAGCUGCAGGCCGAGAAGGACAGCGGCGACCUCCUCAAGCGGCUGAAGUGUCUGGAGGCCGAGGUGGAGGAGCGCGCGAGCAGGGAGGUGGAGCUGGAGGAGGCGCACAGAGUCGAGCGCAGCGACCUGAGGCAGCAGAUCCAGGCCCUGGAGAAGCAGGUGGAGAAGAACCGCAGGUUCCUGGACGAGCAAGCUGUCGAUCGGGAGCACGAAAGAGACGUCUUUCAGCAGGAGAUCACGAAGCUAGAACAACAACUGAAGAAUGCACAAAAGCAGCAGCCUAGCACUGACCAAUAUAACAAAGAGGUGGACCGGCUGACCGCCCAGCUGCAGGAGAAGUCCGACAGGUGCAGCGAGCUCCUGCUGCGCUCUGAGCAGCUGCAGAGGGAGGUCCAGGACGGCGGCGAGGAAGUCGAGAGGCUGGAGACGCGCGUGCGGGAGCUGGAGCAGGCCCUGCUCGUCGGCACGGAGACGCCGCAGGUGGAGCAGAAGAGUCCGAAUCCACCUGAAAAGGGAACACUGGACACUACCCUGGAGGUGGAGCUGCAAACUGAAAGAGAGGCUCUGGACAGAAAGGAGAAGGAGAUCAGUAACCUGGAGGAGCAGCUGGAGCAGUUCCGGGAGGAGCUGGAGAAUAAGAGCGAGGAGGCGCAGCAGCUCCACAUGCAGCUGGAGAUACAGAAGAAGGAGCUGAGCUCCCAGCAGGAGGACCUGCAGCACAGGGGCGACCUGCUGAAGGUACUGGAGGAUAAGAGCGAGCUGGUGAGAGAGCUGGAGUCCCAGGUGGAGUGCAUGAGGGCCGAGCAGGAGCGCCUGAAGAAGAACCGCGAGGUGGAGACCGACCAGCUGAACGCCGUCAUCGAGAAGCUGCAGCAGGAGCUGUCCACGAUCGAGCGCCAGACGCCCGACGAGGGCCCGCGGGACGCGGACCGCGCGAGCGCCCGGGCGAGAGAGGAAGUCCGCCUCGCCGGGGGCGACGACGGCGGCGACGAGCCGAAGAAGCGCGAGGCGGAGCGGGCGGCUCGGGAGUUGGCCGCGCUGCGGGCCAGCCACGGCUCCUUGCUGGAGCAGUACGAGCGCCUGCGGGAGGAGACGUCCGGCGACAACAGGCUGCCGGAGCUGGAGGAGGCCCUGCGGGCGAAGACGGCCGCCUGCCUGGUCAUGCAGGCUCAGGUCCAGGCCUUGGAGGAGAGCGCCGGCUGCAGGGUGGGCAGCCUGGGCGCGCGGAUCGCGGAGCUGGAGGCCUGCGUGGGGGAGAGGGACGCGGAGCUGGAGCGGUGCGGGCUGCGGGUGCAGCAGAGCCAGGCGGAGGCGGCCGCCCUCCGCCGCCGGGUCUCCGAGCUGGAGGACAAGCUGAGGGAGAAGGUGGCCGCCGCGCUGGUCAGCCGAGCCGAGCUGGGGGCCGUACGGGAGCACGCGAAGGCGCGGGGGGCCGGAGGGCCGCGGGGCGAGGCGUCGGAGGAGCGGGAGGAGCGGGCGCGGGGCGGCCGGCGGAGGGACGGGGGCGCGCCCCCCGCCCCGGGCGCCCAAACGGGCGAAAACCCGCUGCCCGCGAAAGUGGCGCUUUGGACGGAGAAGCUGCGGGAGCUGGAGGAAGGUCUGCGCGGCAUGCAGGAGGACCAGGAGCUCCAGAAGCAUCUGCUGUCCAGCUCCGGGGAGGAGGUGGCGGAGUACGAGGAGAGGCUGGCCGUGCUCAUGGAUCUCCUCAGCCGGAUCACUGCGAGGCCAGGGAGCCAGAGGCCACCGCCGCCAAUUAGCACAUCAGAGACAGCUAUUGGAGAGGACCCUGCUGCUGCGUCAGACCUGCUACAGGAAGUCACACAGGAAGCUGCUGCCACUAAAGAGGAGCUCAACAGCUACAGGGAAAGAAGCGACAAGCUACAGGAGGAGCUACAGGAGAGAGAAAUGACUAUAGCACAGCUUAAAGAAGAGCUCCAUACGGCAUCGAUGAGAGCACCCAGCGGUGAAGAAGAUCCUGCCGUCUUGUCCAAACUGCUACAGGAAGUCAAACGGGAAGCUGCUGCCACUAAAGAGGAGCUCAACAGCAACAGGGAAAGAAGUGACAAGCUACAGGAGGAGCUACAGGAGAGAGAAGUGACUAUAGUACAGCUUAAAGAAGAACUCCAUACGGCAUCGAUGAGAGGACCCAGCGGUGAAGAAGAUCCUGCCGUCUUGUCCAAACUGCUACAGGAGGUCCAACGGGAAGCUGCUGCCACUAAAGAGGAGCUCAACAGCAACAGGGAAAGAAGUGACAAGCUACAGGAGGAGCUACAGGAGAGGGAAAUGACUAUAGCACAGCUUAAAGAAGAGCUCCAUACGGCAUCGAUGAGAGGACCCAGCGCCGAAGAAGAUCCUGCCGCCUUGUCCAAACUGCUACAGGAGGUCCAACGGGAAGCUGCUGCCACUAAAGAGGAGCUCAACAGCCACAGGGAAAGAAGCGACAAGCUACAGGACGAGCUGCAGGUCAGGGACAUAUCCAUAGCCCAGCUACAAGACGAGCUCAGGCAGAUUAAGGAGGCUUUCGCGAAAUCGGAGGAGGAGCUCAAAAAGAAAAGCGGAAAGCAUUCCGCGAGUAAACAGGAUCGUUCAGAGAAGGCGAGAGGGUCGUCGGCCAAAGAGAGGAACGACCUCACCCGAAAAAAUUCAGCCCCGAUGGACCGGGCUGCCGGUGGGAGCGGGACCCCCAAGACCCCCCGUGCUCCCCGCGCUGACGCGGCGGUGCAGACCGGUCCGGUCCGUCUCGGCUCCGCCGCGGUCGCCGGGGAGGUGUCGGACGCGAUCGGCGAGUACGCGGAGAAGAUCGAGCAGAUGCGCGAGCUGCACGCGGCCGAGAUCAUGGACAUGGAGGCCCGGCACAUCGCCGAGAGCGAGGGCCUGAGGGGAGAGGCGGGGGCGCUGCGGGAGGAGUGCCGAACCCUCAAGGCCGCCAUCGAGGACCUCCGCCAUUCAGAGGCUGCUUCACCUCAACUGGAGCACCUUCCAGCCUCACAGUUCAGAGAUGGAUCCAUGAGUGACAGCGGCUCAGACUGGAGCCAGCACACAGGUCAUGACCCCCCCGUUCUGCAGCAGGAGUUCCGAACCACGCCGGAAGGAGCCAGAAGGGACAAUGAGACUGAUGUACUUCCUGACAGAAUUAAGAGUUUGCUGAGAGAGGUGCACCAGGAGGGCAUGCAGGUGCUUUCUCUCUCGGAGCUCCCAGGGCCAGAGGCAGAGGCAGAGGCAGAGGGCGGGCGAGGGGAGGCAGCUGCAGCCCAGCUGAAGCAGCAAGGCUGGCUGAGGGAGAGGGCGUCGCUGCUAGCCUCGGUGGAGAGCCUGAAGGCCCUCAUAUCCACAAUGCAGAUCCACGGAGAGAGCCAGGCUCGAGACCCCUCGGGCGGGGCCGGCGAAGACUGGCGGGCGGAGCUCCUGGAGGCCGUGCGGCGGGCGUUCGCGGCGGAGCGCGGCGCGCUGACGAGCUCCGCCCACUCCCGCCUGGAGCGGCUGGACACCAGCGACGCCGUCGUCUGCCUCAACCAGCUGGAGCGUGAGCUUGCUGAACAGGAGGCUCUGCAGAGGGAAGCUAUGGGGAUCCUUCAGAGUGCAGACAGAACCAGUCUGCUAAUGGAGGUCAGGCAGCUCAAGGCCCAACUGCAGCACCUCCAGCAGGACCCCAGGGUCACAGGUGUGGCUGAUCAGCGGCCCGUUUUGGAGAAGCUGGCCGGGGACCAUGAUGCCCUGCACCCCGAGAGGAUGUUGCUGGAUGAGCUGAAGGCGGAGCUGGCCCAAACCAGACUGGAGCUGGAGAGCACGCUGAAGGCUCAGCACAAGCACCUGACGGCGCUCGACACCCUGAGGACCGAAGUUACCGAGAAGGCUGCCGAAGUGGACCACCUUAACAAAAAACUGAUAAAUGAACAACGGAAGUCCAGGGAGCUUCAGUGGGCUUUUGAAAAAGAAAAAUGUAAAUCGGAGAAAAAGGACCAGAACGAAAGAGAAGAUCUGGAGGACGUUAGGCUGCUGCUGAAGGAGCAGCAGACGAAGGUGGCCCAGCUGACUGAGGCCGUAGAGAAGGAGAGGAGGACGUCGGACCAGCUCAAGCAGCAGGCGGACCGCGGCCACGCCCAGCAGCAGUCCCUGCUGUCCCGCGAGCAGAGCCGCGUGUCGGAGCUCCAGGUGCAGCUGGAGUCGGCGCAGGCCAGGGCCCAGGAGCUGGGGAGCGCCCUGGAGCGGGAGAGGGAGCUUCGCGGCCAGCCGAAACAGCAACAGCAGCAGCCGGGGAGUCCGCAGCACGCAGUCCAGGCAGAGGAAGUGCAGGGCGAGGCGGCGGAGGAGGCGGUCGUGGAGUCUCUGCGGUCGCAGCUGGACGACAAGCACGCGCAGGUGGUGCGGCUGCUGGGCGAGGCGGAAGGCCUCAGGCUGGAGGCCAUACAGGCCAGGCUGGAGCGCGACGAGGAGGGCCGGCUCGCGCGGCUCGCCCAGGAGGCCCUGCGGGAGGCGCAGGAGCAGCUGCGGCAGCUGCGGGCGCAGGCGCAGGAGCUGCGGGCGCAGGCGGACGGGACCGAGCAGCAGGCGCUGCGGCUGCGGCGGGAGAGAGACGAACUGCAGGACCUGGUGUCCCGGCUUCAGGGCUUCGCCGAAACGCGGCAGCCCGACACUCAGGCGGACCUGUGUCGAGCAGAGGACGAGUCCGGCAGCCGCACACAAGACUGGGUAUCGCUGGAGAAGGUGCCGGAAGCGGACUCCAGCUUCAUUUCUCUACAUGAAAUAACCGCAGCGACUGCAAACCCGAAACUUAUGGACAAGAUCAUCAACCAGCUGCAGCACAUUGCUGCUAAGAUAAACGCCAUGACAAGUAAUACUACAGGAAGGGUGACCCUUGAGGAGGCGGACGGUGAGGGCCUGCGGAACAGUGUGCGGGGCGUGGUAUCCCUGCUGCAGCAGGUGCAAGCGCUGUCUCCUGCCCAACAGAGCACGGCCCCGCCCGCCGGCGGCUCCUCGAAUUCGCUGACGGAGCGGCUCCUGAGGCAGAACGCCGAGCUGACGGGCUUCGUCAGCCGCCUGACGGAGGAGAAGAACGACCUGCGCAACUCGCUGGUCAGACUGGAGAAGGAGCUGAGGCUCGGCCGCCCGUGGGGCCCGCCGCCGGCCAACGCUCGCCACGGAGGGGCCGGUCGCGCGGACGGCGUGGAGUCGCUGCUGGCGUCGGCGCGCGAGGGCUGGGAGAGCGAGCGGACGCAGCUGGAGAAGCGUCUGCGCCUGGCGGAGGCGGAGGCGACGCGCCUGAGGGGAAAGAUCCGCAGCGAUGCACUCUGGGACUUCGCCGACUCCGACGCCGAUGGUGCGGCACUCAAGAGGAUCUAUGUGAAGUACCUGCGGGCGGAGAGCUUUCGGAAGGCACUCGUUUACCAGAAGAAGUACCUGCUGCUGUUGCUGGGCAGUUUCCAGGACUGCGAGGCGGCGACGCUCUCCUUGAUCGCCCGGAUGGGCGGCCGGUCGUCCCAGAGCCUGGACGCGGCCAAUCAGCGGCCGAGAGGGUUCACCCGCUUCAGGUCCGCGGCGCGAGUCGUCAUCGCCCUCUUCAGAAUGAGGUACCUUGUGAAACGAUGGUACAAGACCACGGAGGCCGGCUCCAUCUCCUCGACUGUCCACAGAAACGGCCAGGGCCAGAUAACAGCAAACGAAGGGCGAAGAGAGUCGCCGUAUCUGCGUCCGGGGAGCGUGGACGGGUACGGAGAGCUCCGGGGAUCCAGCCGCGGGCAGACGGGCAGAGACUCCGCCAGGUUUAACACGGUUCCCACAGAAACGGGCAGCCUGGUCUGCUCUCAUCUCCAGAACUACGACCCUGACAGGGCCCUGAGCGACUACAUCUCCAGGCUUGAGGCACUGCAGAGGAGGCUGGGAAGCGUGCAGUCAGGGUCUUGUUCCUAUGCUCAGCUGCACUUUGGAAUACGAAGAUAAGACUUGCUUAUGUGUAAAGAGGCUUGAAGCCUCAGAUACUUUUUCAUUUUGCAGAGCUGCGGUGUUUGUAUGACUAUCAUGUGUAUAUUUCUGGGACCAAAAUAAUUGUGUAAUAAUUGGCUUUCUUGCCAGCAUAUGAAACGGCUUCUGUGUAAAUGAGUCUGCUUAUCGGUUGUUCAUAAUUAUAAUCACAAUCUAAAUGUAUAUUUGUGGAAUGCUAAUUUAAAGUGAUUAAUUUAUACUGUGUGUUGUGUAAGUGGAAGAAAGAAUAGAAUGUUUUUGUUUUUUGUUUUUUUUUGGUGUGAAGGCUGCUGCAGGGUAUACUACACUGUGUUUUAUUUGACUGCUACUACAGACAGACCACAGAAGACAUUUGUAGACAUAUUUUUGUAAAGGUACGAGCUUUGGAUUUUAUGGGCAUUUUUUCAAAUUUAAAAUAAAGAUUAAUAUAACAUUUCAAUG